GUAAAACUAAUCCACAUUGAAUUCACUGCUGAGAAGCCAGACGGGUCAUUCUUUCCACCUGUAAAGUGCCUGUGCCAAAGUGGCUCAGAUGAGUGAAGCCAAAAUCAUUAAGGAAGGCAUCCUACUGAAGAUGUCCCAGCAGAAAAAGAAAAUAUUUCCUAGGAACUAUAAAGAGCGCCUCUUUGUCCUGACCAGCCAGACCCUGGUUUACUAUGAACAGGAAAAAGGGUUUUAUUUUUCUCAGAAGAAAAAGAGAAAAAAAGGAUCAAUUCUGACAGAAAGAAUCUGCUGCGUGGAAAAAGUUGAGCCGGAGCAGAACGCGCCUGAAGAAAAAAAGUUCCCCUUUCAGGUUGUGUAUGAUGAAAGCAUCCUGUAUAUGUUCGCAAAGGAUGAUGCGGAUAGGAUGGACUGGUUAGAGUCUGUGAUGAAAGCAAUUCAGGGUAACUAUAAGCUCUCUGCAAAGUACCACAAAGGAUUGUGGGUAGACGGAGUAUUCCUGUGCUGUGGCCAGGCCAUAAAAAAUGCUCCAGGCUGCUGUAACUGGCACCAAGAAUCACUGGAACUAAGAGCAUCGUCUCGAAAGCUCAGAGACAGAACUCAUCUUCCUCCCAUACCAGAAGAUGAAGGCAGUGCUUGUGUGGAGGUUGUAGCUCUGUAUGACUACACUGCCAGGAAGACUGGUGAGCUAAGUGUGGUAAAGGGGAACCGAUAUGUCUGUCUGGAAAAGAGGUCGGGUGACUGGUGGAAAAUCAGAGACACUGCUGGAUCAGAAGGACUCGUCCCUUCUAAUUUCAUAGAGGAAGUGGAUACAGACAACAGUUUGAGAGACUCUGUUGAAAACGACAUAGAGAUCUAUACCUGGUAUGUGGGCAACAUGUCCAGAGUGAAGACUGAGCAGCUGCUACGGGAGAAGGGUAAAGAAGGUUCCUUUGUGGUCAGAGAUUCCAGUCAAAAAGGAGUAUACACAGUGUCGCUGUUUAGUCGAGCACUAGAUGAGGUGAAUGGGACUGUACGCCAUUAUCUCAUUAACGUCAGCACAGAAGGGCUAUAUUACUUAGCAGAAAACCACCUUUUUGAGUCCAUCCCCCAGAUGAUAGAGUAUCAUCAACACAAUGGAGCAGGUCUGCUGACAAGACUGCGGCUUCCUGCUACAGAAACCGAUCUCACACCACAGACUGCACAGGGCGUGUGGGAGCUGAGUCGAAAAGACGUGCGUUUGGUAAAAGAGCUCGGCAGCGGCCAGUUCGGCGUGGUCCAGCUCGGUGUGUGGAAGGAUGAACACCGAGUAGCUAUUAAGAUGGUGAAAGAGGGCUGCAUGUCUUCUGAUGAAUUUAUAGAAGAAGCCCAGAUUAUGAUGAAACUCAGGCAUCCUAAGCUUGUGAGGCUCUACGGUGUGUGUACCGAGUGCUUUCCCAUCUACAUUGUGACAGAGUUCAUGAGUAACGGCUGCCUGCUGGAAUACCUGAGGCAUCAUGGGAAAGAGCUGCAGCCUCAGCGUCACCUCAGCAUGUGCCUGGAUGUGUGCGAAGCUAUGGCAUACUUGGAGGAUCAACAGUUCAUUCACAGAGAUCUAGCUGCAAGGAACUGUUUGGUAGACAAAGACCUAUCUGUCAAAGUGUCUGACUUUGGAAUGGCAAGAUAUGUCCUGGAUGAUCAGUACACCAGUUCUGUAGGUACAAAAUUUCCAGUCAAGUGGUCCGCCCCUGAGGUUCUGAACUACAACAGGUUUAGCAGCAAGUCUGAUGUGUGGGCAUUUGGGGUGCUGAUGUGGGAGGUGUACAGUCUGGGCAAGCAGCCUUAUGAGCACUAUGAUAACGCACGUGUAGCUGAGAGAGUGAUGCAGGGUCAUCGCCUGUAUAGACCCCAACUGGCUACAGAUCAGAUCUACCAAGUUAUGAAAUCAUGCUGGCAUGAGCUUCCAGAGGAGAGGCCCAACUUUCAGCAGCUUUUUAACGACAUCACUGCUUAUUGUAGAGGAUGAACAAUGAUGUAAUUAAAUAAAUUCUGCUCUGCUGACACUGCUGUAAUGUAACUGGUAUUUGUAUAUUUGUAUAUUGUUGUUAUUCACACACUCACAAUGAGAAGUAGAGAAGAGUUAAUAGUUAAUAUUGUAAGAGUUACAGACUUAAUUAUAGUACAUUACACCUUCAUAUCCUCAACCUAAAGGGUAGCAUUUUUUCUAGAACCCACAGACUAAUGGGGUCAAUGACAGCAACAUAUUCUUUCCUGUUUUCACAGAACAACGUACCUGCUCUGUUCACCAGAAUUUCUGACUAAAAUUAGCUUGUGUCGCAUUUCACGUACACGUUCUCUGGUAAAAGCGAAAGCAGUGUUUCCGUUCGUAAAAAUGAUUAUUCAUAUCAUUUAUGUGAUUUAAUUAAAAAAAGGAACUGUAAACUCUGCAUAAAUUCAGAAUAAAAUCCUAAUUUAAAAAGUUAAAAUAAAUUUUAAUCGUUAUACCCUUA